UUUGAUUGGGUUGCUGAAAACAUAAUUAUUGAUUACAUUUAUGAAACUAGUUAAUCAAUUAUGUUAAUAAUUGUUAUGUUAAUUGAUUAACUAAUUUUAUAAUUAUAAUCAAUUAUGUUUUCAGCAACCCAACCAAAUUUGACAUUGACAGUUGUGACAGUAAUUAAAUAUUUGAUAGUGAUUAUUGUUGAUUAGCGUUUAGCGUUCGAACAACCGGCCCUAAAAGAUUAAUAAAACUAGUUGUAUAAUAAAACUAAAACCGAAAAUCAAAUAUGGAACCUGAAGAAAAAUGGCAGACGGAAGAACAGGGUUCAAGUGAAAUAGAAAAUAAUGAACAUUAUCAGACUAUUUUUAAUGAGUUGAAAAUUGAGGUUAAAGAAGAACAGAUUGAGGUGUACAAUGAGUUGAUUGAGUUAAAUAAUCGUCCCACCAAAAGCAGUGGUUCCAAAGAAAUUAAACAAGAACCAAAUGAAUUUGUUGAAUGUGAAACAGUUGAUAAUGAUGUUAAAAGCAGUAGUUUCAAUGAAAUCAAACAAGAACCAAAUUAUGAAUUUGUUGAAUGUGAAACAGUUAAUAAUGAAGAUAUUAAAAGCAGUAGUUUCAGUGAAAUCAAACAAGAACCAAACUACGAAUUUGUUGAAUGUGAAACAGUUAAUAAUGAAGAUGUUAUCACAGGGGACCUGACAGAAUCACAAAACAGUGAAAAGGGUUGUUGUCAGAAGGACACAAUGAAAAUGAUGGAAAUAUUAACUGAACAUUCAUAUCAUAAAAACCCACGUAAGUGCCAACAUGGUGAAGAAAAUAUAUUAAAUAACAAUACGAAAGUUCCAACUGAACAAAGACCUUACACAUGCGAAAUUUGUUUAUGUAAAUCUCAAACCAGUGAAAAAGGUUCCCAGGACACAAUGAAAAUGAUGAAAAUAUUAACUGAACAUUCAUAUCAUAAAGACCCAUCUAAGUGUCAACACGCUGAAGAAAAUGUAUUAAAUAAAGAUACAGAAGUUCCAACUGGGCAAAGACCUUACACAUGCAAUAUCUGUUUCAAGGAGUUUACUACACAAGAUGUUUUGAAAAAACAUUUAAAAACGCACAUUGACAGGCUUUUCACAUGUGAUAUUUGUUUUAAACAGUUUUUACAUAAAUCUAGUUUGAAAAGACAUUAUAUGAAUCUUCACACUGGAGAAAAACCUUACCAGUGUUCCACUUGUUUUAAGCAAUUUGUUAGUAAAUGUAAUUUGAUCUGCCAUUUUAGAUGUCAUACUGGGGAAAAACCUUACAAGUGUGAAAUUUGUUUUAAGCAGUUUAUUGCAGCAAGAAAUUUAAAAGUUCAUUUAAGACUACACACCGGAGAAAGAGCGUAUAAGUGUGAAUUUUGUUUUAAGCAAUUUUUUAAUAAAUGUAAUUUGAUCUGCCAUUUGAGAUGUCAUACUGGGAAAAACCUUACAAGUGUGAAAUUUGUUUUAAGCAGUUUAUUACAGCAAAAAAUUUAAAAGUUCAUUUAAGACUACACACCGGAGAAAGAGCGUAUAAGUGUGAAAUUUGUUUUAAGCAAUUUAGAGAAAUGGCAAAUUUAAAAGUACAUUUGAGAGUGCACUCUGCAGACAAACCUUACAAGUGUGAAAUUUGUCUUAAGCAGUUCAGACAUAAAAUUUCUCUAGUUAGACAUAUGAAAAUUCACACUGAAGGAGUACCCAACUUACAAGUGUGAUAUUUGUUUUAGGCAGUUUUCUACAGCAAGUAAUUUAAAACACAUUUGAGAAGAGUUCACAUUGUAGAAAAAUCUUAUGACUAAAUUUGUUUUAAACAAUUAUUUUUGAAAGAUCAUUUAAAAAUACAUUUGAGAGUGCACACUGGAGAAAAAUCUUACAAGUGUGAAAUUUAUUUAUAACAGUUUGCUCAAAAACAUCAUUUGGAUAAUCAUACAGAAGUUCACACAGGAGAAAAAGCUUACCAAGUGUGAAAUUUGUUUUAAGCAGUUCAGACAUAAAAUUUCUCUAGUUUGCCAUAUUAUGAAAAUUUACACUGGAGGAGUAAGGUAGCGUACACGUGUGAAAUUUUGUUUUAAACAAUUUGGUCAAGCAGGUCAUUUGAAAACACAUUUGAGAGUGAAGAAACCUUACAAGGAUAAAACUUGGUUUUAAGCAGUUUUCUCAGUAAGGUGAUUGGAAGAAACAUUUAAUGACACACACUGGUGAAAAAUUACAAGUACAAAUUCUGUUUCAAGCUGUUUUCUCAGCAAAGUAGUCUGAAGAAACAUUUGAGAGUGCACACUGGAGUGUCUUACACGUGCAAAGUUUGUUUUAAGCAGUUUUCGAGGAAUAAAUAUUUCAAAACUCACUUGAAAGUGCAUGUAGGAGAAGAGUAUUCUAAUUGUAAGAUUUGUCUUAAAAUAAUUUACCGAAGUAAGGUUGUGAAAGAACAUUUGGAAACACAGACACCGAGAAAAACUCUUAAUAAAAGUGUGAAAAUUGUUUACUGAAGCAAUUCGUUGGAAAAUUCAGUUGGUUGGAGAGUGGUACACUCUCAGUGCUGAGAAUUAUUAUGCAAGAAAGGAUCCAAGGAAGAAGAUGCAUCUCCUGGCUGAGGAACCUUAGAGAAUGGUUUAACUGUAGUUCAUUACAACUCUUCAGAGCAGCAGCCAACAAAGUGACCAUAGUCAUUAUGAUAUCCAACCUCCGAGAGGAGAGAGAACUUAAAGAAGAAGAACACUGAAGACAUUUUAAUAUAUUUAUUUGCUAGCUUUAUAUACAUAUUAUGCAGGUAUUAUUGUUAUAACUUUUUAAAUAAAUAUAUCGACGAUCCUAAUAAAUAAUA